AUGGCUCAACUUGCUGGGGAUAACGAAAUAGAGUCGCUGAGACUGGAGCUACUUGAGCUUGCCGCAGCGUUACGGAUUCGGAGCUCUAAUAGUUUUGAGAGCAGUACUACUCCAUCAUCACAGAGGAGGAUGAGUUCCUUUGGCAGGCUCGAUGAUUUUGAUGAUGAAGAGUUAAACUUACAGUGGGCUGCAAUCGAGAGAUUACCCACCAACGAACGUAUGAGAAUUUCACUUUUCGAUGAUUAUGAAAACCAAAUGCCUGGUUGUGUUGAUUAUGAUCCUAAUGCCAAACGAGUGGUUGACGUUACCAAACUUGGAUCUUUAGAGCGUCGUAUCUUCGUUGAGAAGCUCAUCAAGCACACUGAGCACGAUAACCUCCAACUCUUGAAGAAACUUCGAAAAAGAAUCGACGAUGUUGGGGUUUUAUUGCCCGCUGUGGAGGUACGAUACCAGAAUCUAUGUGUGGAAGCAGCAUGUAGGGUGGUUUAUGGCAAGCCUCUCCCUACUUUGUGGAACUCUGUCAUAGGCAAAAUUUCUGACUUAAUCAAGCUGUUUAGUCCAAAGAGUGAAGAAAUCAAGCUUAACAUCCUCAAAGAUGUUAGUGGCAUUAUCAAACCUCGAAGGAUGACUCUAUUGCUUGGUCCUCCAGGCUCUGGGAAAACCACCUUGUUGUUGGCUCUUUCAGGAAGAUUAGAUUCAUCUCUCAAGGUCACCGGUGAAAUCUCUUACAAUGGUUACAAACUCGAAGAAUUUGUCCCUCAAAAGACCUCAGCUUAUAUAAGCCAACAUGACAUACACAUUGGUGAGAUGACUGUGAGGGAAACAUUUGAUUUCGCUGCAUGUUGUCAAGGUUUUGGAAGCCGAGUAGAGACAAUGAUGGAGGUUACCAGAAGGGAGAAAGAGGCUGGAAUUGUCCCAGAUACAGAUCUAGAUAUUUACAUGAAGGGAAGACGAAUUCAAACUGAUUACUUCUUAAAGAUUCUUGGACUUGAUAUUUGUGCUGAUUCAUUGGUUGGAGAUACCAUGAGAAGAGGUGUCUCAGGGGGUCAAAAGAAGAGAGUAACUACAGGGGAAAUGAUCAUCGGUCCAAACAAAGCUCUAUUUAUGGAUGAUAUAUCAACUGGCCUAGACAGUUCAACUACCUUCCAAAUCAUUUCCUGUGUUCGACACUUGAUACAUCUUACAGAUUCUACAGCACUGAUAUCACUUCUUCAGCCAGCACCAGAAACAUAUGACCUCUUUGAUGACAUUAUUCUGAUUGCAGAAGGGAAAGUUGUGUACCAUGGUCCACGCAGCAAUAUUCUUGAAUUCUUUGAAGAUUGUGGCUUCAGGUGCCCAGAAAGAAAAGGAGCUGCUGACUUCCUCCAAGAGGUUAUAUCGAAAAAGGAUCAGGCACAAUAUUGGUAUCGUAAAGAAGAACCAUACAGUUAUAUUUCUGUUGAUCAAUUCUAUAAGAAAUUCAAGGCAUUCCAUGUUGGACAAAAAUUAGAUGAGGAACAUUCAGUGCCAUUUAACAAGUCUCAGAGCCAUGAAAAUGCUUUAUCCUUUAGUCAAUACUCUUUAAGUAAAUUGGAGCUCUUUAAAGCUUGCAUGAAAAGGGAAUUCCUUCUUAUGAGGCGGAACUCUUUUGUAUAUGUAUUCAGAUCAAGUCAGAUUUUCAUUAUUGCUGUUGUUACUAUGACUGUUUAUAUACGCACUCAAUUGGGUGUUGAUGAGAUCCAUGCGAUCAAUUAUUUGGGUUCCUUAUUUUAUGGGCUUCUCAUAAUCCUUGUUGACGGAUUCCCGGAGUUGUCUAUGACGGUGUCAAGACUGGCUGUUUUCUACAGACAUAGAGACAGUUACUUCUACCCAGCUUGGGCUUAUGCUAUUCCAACGGCUAUUCUCAAGAUUCCACUUUCAUUCUUGGAUUCGUUAGUUUGGACUGCUCUUACUUAUUAUGUCAUUGGGUACAGUCCUGAAUUUGGAAGGUUCCUCCGCCAGUUCAUUCUACUUUUCGCUUUGCAUACAAUGUCAAUGUCCAUGUUCCGUCUAAUUGCCUCAGUCGCCCGAACUAUUGUUCUUGCUAUUACAUUUGGUAGUUUUGUGGUGUUGUUCCUCUUUCUCUUCAGUGGCUUCGUUGUCCCACAAAAGUAUAUGCCAUCUUGGUUGAAGUGGGUUUACUGGGUUUCUCCACUGUCAUAUGGGGACAUAGGUAUAACUUUGAAUGAAUUUCAUGCUCCUCGAUGGCAAAAGAUGUCUGGAAACACGACUAUUGGUUAUCAAACACUUGAAACUUAUGGGCUGAACUUCCCUGGGUAUGCUUAUUGGAUAUGUCUCGGUGCUUUAUUUGCCUUCACAAUAAUUUUUAAUGUUGGAUUUACACUAGCCUUGACAUUUUUAAAGCCUGUUGGAUCAUCUCGUGCUAUUAUUUCAAAUGAAAAGCUCCGUAAAAUACAAGAUGGGGAAGAUUGCAGUGAUCAUGAUGCAGAGGAUAAGGCCACUAAUGCCAACCAUAAAGACAACACACAGCCUCAAAAAGGAAAGAUGGCAUUACCUUUCGAACCCCUAGCAGUAACAUUUCAAGAUCUUCAAUACUACAUUGACACUCCAAAGGCAAUGAGAGAUAGGGGUAUCACGCAAAAAAAGCUGCAACUUCUUCAUGACAUUACAGGUUCAUUCAGGCCUGGUAUUCUUACAGCAUUGAUGGGUGUUAGUGGAGCUGGAAAGACAACUCUCAUGGAUGUUCUUGCUGGAAGAAAAACUGCAGGUACUAUUGAAGGAGACAUUAGGAUUGGGGGGUAUCCAAAGGUUCAAGCAACGUUUGCAAGGGUAUCUGGUUACUGUGAGCAGGCUGACAUACAUUCUCCACAAAUCACUGUAAAAGAAUCAGUGAUAUUCUCUGCUUGGUUGCGACUCUCACCAGAAAUUGAUUCUAAGAGAAGAGCUGAAUUUGUAAAUGAAGUCCUCGAGACUAUUGAGCUUGAUGAAAUUAAAGAUUCUUUGGUAGGCAUGCCAGGUGUUAAUGGUCUAUCAACUGAGCAACGUAAGCGUCUCACAAUAGCUGUGGAGCUUGUUGCCAACCCAUCUGUUAUUUUUGUGGAUGAACCCACAUCAGGUUUGGAUGCAAGAGCAGCUGCAAUUGUGAUGAGGACAGUGAAGAAUGUGGUUAAUACAGGACGGACAGUUGUUUGCACCAUCCAUCAGCCGAGUAUUGACAUAUUUGAGGCUUUUGAUGAGUUGAUUUUACUGAAAUCUGGAGGAAGAUUAAUCUAUGCUGGACCACUGGGUCAGAAUUCAUGUAAAGUAAUUGAAUAUUUCGAGGCUAUCCCUGGGGUGCCGAAGAUUAAGUACAACUACAAUCCAGCAACAUGGAUGCUAGAGGUCUCUUCCAUAUCUGCAGAAGCAGAACUUGGUGUAGAUUUUGCCCAAAUUUAUAAGGAGUCCACUUUCUGUCAGCAAAACAAGGAGCGUGUCAAACAACUGAGCACUCCACCUACUGGUUCAAAGGAUUUGCACUUCUCUACCCGUUAUUCACGGAAUUGCUGGGGACAAUUCAGAGCAUGCUUAUGGAAACAAAACUUGUCCUAUUGGAGAAGUCCCGAUUACAAUGUUGUGCGAUUCAUUAUCACAAUUAUAGCAUCUGUGCUGUUCGGAAUACUGUUCUGGAAACAAGGGAAGAAGUUAGAUACCCAACGAGAGUUGUUCAAUAUAGUUGGAUCAAUGUAUGCCUCAGUGCUCCUCUUGGGCAUCAACAAUUGCUCAAUGGUUUUACCAUUUGUUGCAAUAGAGCGCACUAUUUUGUACAGGGAAAGAGCCGCGGGAAUGUAUUCUUCAUGGGCCUAUUCAUUUGCACAGGUGGUGAUUGAGCUUCCUUAUCUGUUCACUCAAGUUUUUCUUUAUAUGAUCAUCGCAUAUCCCAUGAUUGGGUUCCAUUCAUCAGCUUAUAAGGUAUUCUGGUUUUACUAUGGAAUGCUCUGUGCGUUGGUCUACUUCAAUUACCUUGGAAUGCUUCUGGUGGCUUUGACACCAAACAUUCAUGUUGCUGCCAUUCUUGCAUCUGCCUGUUACACGAUUCUGAAUCUGUUUGCUGGGUUCUUUAUGCCCAAAAAGCAAAUUCCAAAAUGGUGGAUUUGGUUGUAUUACAUCUGCCCCACAUCUUGGUCACUGAAUGGUCUCUUUACAUCACAGUAUGGUGAUAUACAGAGUGAGAUAACGGUGUAUGGUAAAACAGAAACAAUUGCGGCCUUCUCAAGAGAUUACUUUGGGUAUCACCAUAACCUCUUGCAUGUUGUAGGCAUUCUCAAUGUCAUAUAUCCUCUUCUUUUCGCAGCUCUUUUUGCAAUUUGUAUUGAAAAACUCAACUUCCAAAGGAGGUAAAUGUUGUAAACCAUAUUUCUUCGUACAUAGUG